AUGGACAGUAAGGAAAUGAGCAAGGAGGAGGCGGCAACCCAAGCUGACCUGCUCAUGGACCUCAAGUUGCUUCGCUCAGGAUUCACGCCGACGCCAGACAAUGAGCUGUCCCUAGAUAGUUACAUAGGAGCCUACCUAGAGAUGAACAAGUUCCUGGGUGUGCUGGGUCCCAUCUUCAACAUGGUUACCAGUGAAGUAGAAACCAAGGUGAAGAUUCUACAAGAGCACCGAAAGAGUGAGGAUGGCGACCACUACACGACGGUCAAUGACAUGCUGAGUUUUGAGCAGAAGCAGGCGCAUGGGGGCGUACCAGGAGACCGCCGGGGGCAGCCGUCCGGGGCCAGAACACUCCUCCGCUUACAUCGCGCCCUCGAGUUCGUGAGAGAGUUCCUGUUGCUGAUAAUGCGGCCACGGGAAGGUUUCUUCGGUGGCCAGGUGUCUCGCCUCUACGGAGCCACCCUGGGGAAAUACCACAGUUGGCUGAUACGCACCACUACUUCCACUGCUCUCUUUACCAUGCCUGCACAUGCCACCAUCAUGCAGAGGUUAACAAAGGGAAAGACGGAUGUGGACGACUCUGUCAGGGAGGAGAUGGACCAGGUGAUAGCUGCUAUGAAGGAUGCCUACGACCUCACUCACAAGCUCUACCAGCAAUAUGGGUACCUUGACCUUCCCUGAUGGCCUCACUGACCCUCUUAGUGAUUUGACAUCGAGCACAAAACGUGGAACACAAAAUACUCAUGAUAAGAUAGGAUAUAGUGCAAUUAUUCUUAGGUUUUCUUGAUCUUGAUAUAAUUUUUUGUAUGGUUGGACUGCAAGUUGGUUUUCCUGUUAGUAUUACCAAGGGUCCCCUGCUCGAUCUGCUAUAAUCUGUGCCUUGUUUAUUUUGUUAGUGGUUCUAAGCUUCUUUGGUCGUGACCCUAAAUGCUCGCCAAGCCUGACUUGCCAGUCAGAAAUGCACAUACUAUUGAGAAAAUGCUAACCUGUUAUAAGCCUGAGUGGUGAAAAUACAAAACUAUCUUUAUUUUACUAAGGAUCAACAAUUUUCUCUGCUGUCAAAAUAGUCUUCUUUUUUUUUAAUGCACUUCUUAUAUCAGGUCAGCGUUUUCCCAACAGUUCAUAUAUUAUUACUUAUCGGUUAUUUUGAUGUACAUUUGAUUUAUUUAAAACAUUUUAUUUAUUUAAAAUUUCUGAUAAUGUCCAGUGACCCUCAAACACAUCUCGAUCAUAGUCAUUUGGAUUGCAACCUAGUGCUUGGAACCACGGUAUUAUAAGAUCAGCUGUUCUGGAUUUUACUAUUCAUAUGUUAUCCGUCUGUCUAUUUAUCUAUAUACCAGGCCGGCAAUCUCACGUAAAGUGGCCCAGACAAAGCACUACACACUCACAUAUAUCAUUCACUCUUAGCCGUGUCAGCCCCUGGGUGGAAAGGGGCAGUCUUGUGGAUAACCUACACUCUAUAGAUGUAAAUGCUCAAAUAUCAAUAAAUCAGAAUCUCUAC